UUCAGACCAUGUUAAAGACUAAGUUGAAUGUCCUAACUCUUCGGAAGGAGCCUCUCCCAACAGUGAUCUUCCACGAACCAGAAGCCAUUGAGCUGUGUACCACAACUCCCCUCAUGAAGACCCGAACUCACACUGGAUGCAAGGUUACGUAUUUGGGUAAGGUUUCCACAACAGGGAUGCAAUUUUUGUCAGGCUGCACAGAGAAACCAGUCAUUGAAUUAUGGAAGAAGCACACGCUCACCAGUGAGGAUAUUUACCCAGCUAACGCCCUUCUGGAAAUUCGCCCUUUCCAAGUCUGGCUGCAUCAUCUGGACCUCAAAGGCGAGGCGACAGUCCACAUGGAUACCUUUCAAGUAGCACGUAUAGCCUACUGCACUGCUGACCACAACGUCAGCCCAAACAUCUUUGCUUGGGUCUAUAGGGAGAUCAACGAUGACUUGUCCUACCAGAUGGACUGCCAUGCUGUAGAGUGUGAGAGCAAGCUGGAGGCCAAGAAGCUGGCCCAUGCCAUGAUGGAGGCCUUUAAGAAGACUUUUCACAGCAUGAAAAGCGAUGGCCGGAUCCACAGGAAUAGCUCGUCAGAGGAAGUGUCGCAUGAAUUUGAAUCUGAUGAUGGCUGACUGAACUCAUUCACAGCUCAGCAAAGGCAGAAAUGGCCUAGGGUAUGAGAGCCGAUAGAUGAAUAAGCAACAACUGAAAUUGGGGAAUGAAAGGACUGCCAAACAUUUGUCUGACCAGCUUUUUUAAUCAAAAGAGCAAUUCAGUACCUACAGAUAUGCAUCAUUAAAAUAAUUAUGUUACAUUGAAUUCUGCUGCUGUUGUAAAAGUGAGAAAAAAGCUCCCUCCUCCAUGUCUCUCACCCACCCAUCACUGUCCCUUUCAUGUCUCUGUAGUUCAGGUGCAUACCAUGAAGUAAAUUCAUUCCUGUUUUGUCUUACAAGACUGGUCAGGCAAUUUUAUUACUUGCUUCUCUGGCAUUCCUAGCUGGGGGCUGAUGCUGAUGCACAAGAGCAAGUAGACCUGGAAAGCCCUAA